AUGACAACAGCAGAAGAAGAAAAUUACUUGAGGUCAUCUUUCCUACUGCUGAAAGGAGGAACGUUCGCAGCAAGAAAGGUUGUUAUUCGAGAGGAACAAAAAGAGAUCCAAAAGUCUGGUCGAGAUCUUGACGAUCUGUUGAUGGAUAACAAGGGAAGGCUUGAACAUGAAUUCCGAAAUUAUAAACACAGGGAGAAACUGUUUCCCGCUGAUGGAAAGACUAAGGUUGAGGACUGGGAUAUUUCAUUAUUGACUGGUGUCUUGCGGAUUGUUUUUCGUUCAACACUGAGUGAAGAUGAAAGGAAAGCCGUAAGGUCUAUAAAACUUCAAAGGAAUGAUGUUUAUGCUCACAGAGCCACAGCAGACCUUUCUUGUGAUGAUUAUUCGGAUGUGUGUGAUGAGUUAAAGGAAGCAUUGAGGAAUUUAACAUCAGAGUUUUCUGAAGGAGUUAAAACUGAAUGUGAAGACAUAAUCAAUUCAUGUCUUAAUGGCCCAAUUGAUAUAAAGUCACAUAUUGAACAUCUGAAACGUGUGUCUGAUACAGAUAACAUGUUUCGUACAAUCUUAGAGAAAAUAGAUAAAAAUGGAAAAGAAACAAUGGAAAAUAUCAAAGAAGUUGUUGGACAACAGCAUGUAAGUUUAAAGAAGGAUAUUGCAGAAGAUAUAUCCAACAGUCAGGAUGUUAUUUGCAGAACUGUCAGAGAUACACAGUUGACUAAAGCAGGUAGUACUGACUUCACUACACUUGUAAGAGAUGCAGUUCAACAGGCAUUACAAGAGCAACGAAGUACAAGAAAAGUGAAAGUUGUUGAUUCAGAGCUUGAAGUAAGUGGAAAGGACGUUGACAAACCCAAUAUUGACCUGGCAGAACAAAUGAUAAAAACAGUGACAAAUGAAGCAAUCAGGAGAAUGCAGACGUCAGAAGAACUUGUUGAUAUCCGGGAAGCCAUCCAGGAAAUCCUAGAUGAGAUAGCUAGUAGGACAGGUGUCAAAGCACUUGAAGCAGACAUAGCCUGUGUUGUGAUCCGAUUCAGUUAUAAGACAUACGAACAACUGCUAAAACUUCUUGUAUAUCUGGACAGUGACGAUAUAAAACUUCGUUUAGCUAAACUAGCUGCGUUACUGAGUCAUCGCUUACAGACAAAAGAGCAACUGCAUUUGUCAACAAGUCUUUCCAUUAAAUGUUUACAAAACAUUUUGGAUGAGUUAGAAACAGAAUCUCGAAGCGAGUACAAGCGCACUGUUCGUUUACCAAUCCAGUUUGAAUCUGUAGAAGGAAUGGCACAUGUCUGGAACUAUUUUGAAAAUGGUGGGGCUACAAACAGUUUAAACAAACUGUCGGAAGCAUUAUCAGCAAAGCUUGGAACAAAGAUAAAGCUGACAUCAUCACUAAAUGUGGAUCAGUUUAAAUCAGCUUUGGAUGAUUUUGGUUCCGAGAAUACAUCAACCCGAUUGACAGACCAGUUGCGAGUAGGUGAUGAUACUACACAAUCAGUUGAUGAAGACAAUCAAGACACGAAAUCCAAUGAAAGUCAGAAAAACAUAGGCGGAAUAGAAUUAUAUUCCUCUAUAAGCGGAUUAGCUCCCCGUAAACUCUAUGAGCUUCAAAAUAUUCUAGACAGUAACCCAGAUGACACAAAUUGGCGGGCACUGGCAUACGUUGUACACAAGAAGUAUAACAUUAGGCCAUAUUUGAUGGAUGGCUUUAAACGUGAGGGUAGUGCUUCAUCAGCGUUACUUAAACACUUACAAGAACAAGGGAUGACUGUCAAGGAAUUGCAAGACUACUUGAAUGAAAUAGGAGUCAAAUUCUGUUUAGAGGAUAAAUUACAAGGUAGAAAAAGCAGCAUUAGUAUUAAAACAUGUCAUGGUGAAGAGUGGUCUGAAGUUAGGCUAGAAGCUGACCCAGAAGACGAUGGAAAUGCACAAAGCAAGCAUCAAUUAUUAUUUUCCGACAUUGAGAAGAUCGAAGACAUGCUCGAUGCUUUACAAUUGGCAGAUCAUUAUGGAGUUCUUAUAGACAAUUUGGAAACAUUGGAUGAAGUUAAAAAAGCAUUGUACUUGCAUUUUCAGAAUGAAGAAGGGAAGAAAGCUGUGACCUCCUUUCCUCAUGUGUUUAAAGAUACUACAUAUAGAAGUAGGGAACUGCGUUCCAUCAUGACCAAAUUUUUAGACAUCAUCCACAAAAAAGGACCAUAUAAGAUAGCCAGUCAGUUGGUAGAAGAGAUGCUUAAAACUGAUGGGACUAGUGAAAACAUUACAGAUGACUGUGAGACAAAUAUUGAUGGCCAAAAUUGUGCCAUAAUCUUUGCAGGUGAUCCCUCUGCAGAAACAUCAUGUAUCCUGAACCUGGUCCUUGGUGAAGACCUUUUACCACUGGAUGACUGUUUUUCUCCUCCAUGUACUGUUAUACGUUAUAGCCCUCAGAGAUCCGUGCGUGUGGUACAUGCACACGGAGAACCAGAUGUGUUACAUGAUUUAGAUGGAGAAGUAAUUAAAAGGCUCAGAAAAACGACACAGAUUAUGGAUCACUUGGAACUAACUUUACCCCAUCCGAUAUUGCAGUCAGGUGUCAUACUCAUUGAUGAUACCUCUUUAUUUGAUCUGGAUCUGGAAUUUCUUCUAACGCACACAUUAAAGCAAACAGCUGUUCUUGGACUUGUGUAUGUUAGUUGGAUAGACAGUGUUGGAAGCAUACAAGACAGGGUAUGCGGACUGCUGACUAUACUGGACCGACCAGUUUCUCCAGAGAGUGAUAAUUACUUUCAUACCAGUUUUGAUCCAAAAUCUGCACUGUUUGUAUUUAAUCAUUUGGACCGUAUACCAAAAAAGCACAUAGACUUUGUAAAAGUACAUGCUAUAGGUAAACUUUUGAAGUAUUGGCCAAGUUUUGAGGAGUCACAGGUUGUUUUCUGCUCCAUGUUGAAAACACAUCAAGAUGGAAACUUCGACAAACAGUUACUGGUCAAGUUAAACAAUCUUUUCACAUCUGCAGUGCAGAUACUAACCAAGCAGUCUUACAAAUGGAUGGAAAAGGUCAUUAAACAGACGACACAUUAUCUAGUCACAACUGAAAGACUCCUGAAUAUGACUGAACAUGACCGACGAAGAGAGUGUGAAGUAUUAGAGAGACAGCUGAACAACCUGAAAGAUAAAUUGUCAGUAUUUAGGAAACUUAAAGAAAAUGGAAAUGUUGUCUUUGUAAAACUGAAUGAGUACAUCAAAUCUAAACCUUGUGAACAAAUACUUACACAAAGUUGGUCAGUCGAAGAGAUCCCAUCUGUUGAUUCUGAAGUUGUAACCUUUCAGUGGCCAACGAUAUGGAUGGGAAUUCGUAAAGCUUUCUAUGAUAAAUUGAAUGAGUGCAUUGAAAAGUGGUACAUAGAAGAAAGGAGUAUAAGCAGUUUUGAAGAAGAACUUCGUGUUACAAAAAAUGAUUUGGAAAAAGAACUGAAAAGCAUAGAAAAAGAAAUGCAUUCUGAUAUGGCACACAAAGUGAUGGAACUCUCUGAAAGCUUGCUACCACCAGUUCCAGACAAAAUGUCCGUUCUUUUACACUGGAAACGAGUAUGGGGAACAAAGCUCUUUGGUAGACAGAUGGAUCAUUCAGUGAAAGAAAUCGAAAUGAAAAUUAGCGAAUACACAGCUGAUCCAUUAAAAUUUGCUGAGACAAUUGCAAUGGAAAUGUAUCAGGGACUUUUAUGCCAGUUCAGCCAAAUUGAGUCGGAACUGAUAUUUUCGGAAGGUAAACGCACUGGUCUUCAGCAGAUUCCUCUUGUUGAACAUUUUGCAAAGUGUUUUGUUGAAUAUAUAGAUGCCUUGGAAGAAAGAUUGCUAGACAUUAUUAUGGCAAAUUGCAAACUCCUUAACCAGCUUGGUGGUACUGCUGAAGAAUACAGAAGAGACAAGCAACAGUAUGAAAAUAUGAUGUGGUCCAUGAUUACUCUGCAGAAUUCAUUGAUGGAGUAUAACGAGAAAGUUUCAGAUAGUGACAUAUGCAGUGGCCCCAAGGUGAUAAGAUUCAAGUCCCCAACGCAUAUCGUUACAACAAUAAAUAAGUCUGAAGAGGAAAGAGAAUCUGAUGAACACCUCCAAGGACAUGGUCUGAUGAGUUAUGUCACAGCAAAUAAGGAUGUAGGAUACAGUAGAGACACAAAAGAGGUUGAUUUCCAAUGGCAGAAAAGCAGUAAAAUUGGUGAAGGGCGAUUUGGCAAGGUGUAUUCUGUUGUAAAUGUACGUAGGGGUGAGCUGAUGACAAUGAAAGAGAUGAUAUUCGCAUUAUCUGAUGAGCAGUACCACAUAAAUGACAUCAUAGAUGCAGUAAAGAUACUUGAGGGAGUGAAUCACCCAAAUCUUGUCAAAUACUACGGUGUUGAAGUUCACAAAGUAUGA